AUGAAUCGUUUGAAGAAUGCAACCACCAAAGUCCUCGGUCGUCGUAAUUGGAUGAGUACAGCAGGCAUUGAACGCUCGCAUCGUGCUAUUUUAUUUCCAGGCCAGGGAUCCCAAUAUGUAGGCAUGGGGAAGGAUCUCUACAACUUGUACCCAAGAAGUGCCAAACUUGUUUUUGACGAAGCAGAUGAAGCACUCAAGAAUGGACUUCGUGCGCUUAUAUUUGAAGGGCAACAGGAUAAAUUGAAACUGACCGAGAACGCACAACCAGCCAUCCUCACAACAUCCAUCGCCAUGCUACGAGUGUUGGAAACUGAAUUUGGAUUUGACAUUUCUAAAGCAUGUAAUCAUGCGUUGGGUCAUUCGCUGGGAGAAUACACAGCAUUGGUAGCUACCAAGGCCAUGUCUUUGACAGAUGCUGUGCGUCUAGUGCGUUUGCGUGGUGAGGCAAUGACUCGUGCAGUUGCAGACAAGCAGGGCAAGACUGCCAUGUCUGCUUUGGUAGUUAGAAAGGAUAGAUUGGCGGAUUUGGAGAAGGCUAUGGAGGAGAUCAAAGCUAAUUUGCCAAAUGGCGAACUAGUCGCUGUAGCAAACAUCAAUAGUUCAUUUCAAGUGGUCAUCAGUGGUACAAGUCAAGGUGUAGAUCAAGCAUCUCGUAUUUUGCAGGAACGUAGAUUUGCUGCUCGUGCCGUUGAUUUGCCUGUGAGUGCUCCUUUUCACUGUGAAUUGAUGCAAGAAGCUGCUGACGUUAUGGAGGAUGCUCUGAAAAAGGUUGAAAUUAAGAUGCCAUGUGUAGAAGUUGUCUCCAAUGUCACUGCCAAACCAUAUGUCAAUGCAGAGGAGAUCCCAAAGAGAUUGGUGGAGCAAGUUGUGGCUACAGUGGAAUGGGAGCGUAGUAUCAAUUACUGCAAGGGACAAGACAUUGACGAUUUUCUCUGCUUUGGGCCUGGUAAAGUGCUGGCUAAUCUAUUGAAGAAGGAGUACCCAUUGGACAAGAUCAGAACCAUCACUAGUGCCGAUGAUAUCUUACAACAUGCCUUGGAAUACAAUCGUAAAAAGGACAAGCCUGAUGAACCUUCGUUUUAG